AUGGCUACGUUCACUACAGUUCCACAGCAGCACACAUUCACUCCAGACCUCAUGUACAAGCGCUCCGAGAAUGUGUCUAGAGAGGUGAUGCUCACCCAAUCGUUAAAGAUCAAAAAUGAACCUAAACCCUCUGCUCCAGUGUACUCCAGUAAGCCAAUCACCAAGGCGUACCAGGUCAACCAAAACACCGUGAAUUUGUACGACCCGAUGCAAGAGAUAUUGAGUACUAGUAGGAGACUUAUCAAUAGCUACAUCUUAGAAUUGAAGUUCGAGCAGAACACAGCUGUCCCAGUGGUCAAGAAAAAGCCUUCCAUAUCGGCUUCUUUGGCCACUGCUAGCACGCCCUCUCGAGGCUUGAAGAGGUCCAGACAACCAAACACCGCCAAUUUUGGCAAAGACGAAACAUACGGUUCAAAUAUACCCAUUAGCAACACCAGAAACUUGUUUUCUUCUCCAGUACCCAUGGCUUCGAGCUCGAGCUCGAACUUCGUUGCAUCUGUGAAACAACCAAUGUCGAAGAAGCCCUCUUUGAUUAAGUUGACUACCACUCCGUCGUCUAUGAGCAUUCAAAAGAAGCCAAGCCUCAAAAGAGUGUUAAGGACUGACUUGGCAUCCAUGAGUGAGCUCAAUUACGCUGUGGAGCCUCUAGCUUCAACUCCUGUUAAGACUUCCUCCGGUGCUGGUCCACUCUUGGAAUGCACACCUGACUAUAACGAGAAGGAAAGCUCCUAUGAUCAAUUGGCAUGCCACGCAGACAACAUUCUUCGUAUGGCUGUAGACUCUACUUUAUUAGGAUCUUCCUACAAUGGCUCCAUACUGUCUAACUAUUCGAUAGGUGGCCCCAACGACUCAAUGUCGGGAGUAUUGUCUAGAAAGAAGCUCAAUAGUAAUGAUAUCUUCGAUGAUAAUGAUCCUGAAAAGAGUCUUUUGGAAAUUAGAAAAGCUCGCUGGAACGUUCUUAGCAGAGAAAGAGCUACAAAGAUUGAAAUCAAUGCUGAAGAAAUAAAUAAGGUCCUUGGUGAAUUAUAG